AUGUCUGCGGUCUGUACGUGCCGGGUGAGGCAGGUCAACGCGAGAUCCCACAUCUUAUCUCUUUCCCCCAUCCGCUCCAUUUCAUUAAGCCUUCGGAGAUCGAAAGGCAGCGCAGGUAAUCUCCCGACUGUGCAAGCGAGGAAGAAUGCCAAUGUAUCGGAUUCUUACCCGAUUACAUUCAAGAGCAUUUCCCUCCACGAGCCCUCCAAGGCUAUUUUGCUGCCUUAUCUGGAUGCUGAAAGUGAAGGAGUCCCCGUUACGCAGAGACCGUUUGUGCCGCGUCUUGCGACCGUGAUAUACUCGCUUGAGAACGACAGGGAACUGUUUGAAAGCGCGGUCAGUUUGGAUACUGGGAUUGAGGUUGCGCUUACACAGGCGGCUAAGGGGCAGCAUAGUCCAUUCGACAGGGACUCUCAAAAAGAAGCACCAGAGCUCAUCCUCUCCCAUCCCGAGGUGCAGGACAAAAUCAAAUCCCUCCAUUUACCCACCGAUGCUGUCGUCCAGGUCGAUACUUGGCCAUGCGGUUCAGAUAAGUUCUCCAACGAGGAAACCCCAAACUACAUCCAGGGCCUGCUGUAUGCACGCACGCCGAACAACCACCCGGACAGCAACCAGUAUGCCUUCCCGCUCCCGUUCUCGCCAGUUCUGGUUCGAUUCCAGAAGAAGAUCGUGAGAAUAGAUCCCCUUGCAACCGGGGGAGAGGAAGACAGGCUGAAAUACGGCACUGCUCCUGAAGAUGCGCCCAUGGCACACUGUGUGGAGAAUGAGUACCAUCCAGAUUUGAUCAAGGUGCCCAUAAGAAAGGACCUCAAGCCCUUGCAGGUCGUGCAGCCAUUAGGACCCAGUUUCCGCGUGUCUGAUGAGAAUCUUGUCGAGUGGCAGAAAUGGAGAUUUCGAUUUGUUUCAAUAACCGCGAAGGCAUGA